UUCUUUAUAAGAAAAAAAAGAAAUCGAAAAAUAUCUCCCCCGUUCGUAUCUCUCUCUCCCUUCACCUAAAGCGAGGCGCCGUCGGCUUCUGCUCCUUACCUCGCGCCUUCCUCGCGCGGCGCGCCUCGCCCUCGCCCUCUCCCUCUCCCUCUCUCCUCCCCCACCCUUCCUCUCCCUCCAUCUCUCCGCGGCAGUUCGAGCUUGGCGGGGGAACCGUACCCGGCAAGCGCGCGGACGCCCCCCCGGGUGGGGGCGACAGCCAGCGGCGCGAUGCCCGCGUGGUGGCCCCGCAGCAAGCUGAGGUCUAGGUCGAAGGCCAAGCCGGGCGCAGGGUCCGUCUCCGCAGCUUCGUCCCCGCGCAAGUCCGCGGACCUCGAGUCGCCCUCCCCGUCCCCGUCGCCGACGCCGACGCCGCGGGACAGGAAGGCGCACAGCCUCGACUUCCCCGGCGCGGCCGCCGCGCGCGGCCGGCCAGCCGGCGCCGCGCCGGGGCAUGGGUCGGUAGGGUACAAGCUCCCGACGCCGGUGGAGGCGGUGGAGCCUGUCGGGACUCUGUACGAGGUGGUGCUGGCGGCGGCGGCGGCCGCCGCUGCCGGUGACGGCUGCUCGUCCGCGGAGGAGUCUAGCGUGUGCUCGGCCGCGUCGUUGGACGAGCCGCACUACCAACAUGGGUUUAGGUGAGUGACUCGUCGCGGAAUGGUUGGUGCCUUAAUAUGGCCCAAUCAUCAGUUCCGAAUUUGCCGCAGCCUGGUUGUCACUAGAAUUUCCCCAUUUGGCUGCAAUAACUACAAUUGAAUUGCCUGGUGCUCUGAUCAAAUUUGGGGGGAGUCGAGUGCCUAGAGAUAGGUUGAUCUGCAGGUUUGCUUUAUUGUCUUCCCCUCAAUUUGGUGUGCGACGUAUUUAGGGGGUUUGAGUCAAGGGCAGAGUUAGAGUGAACUGUGAGGAUUCAUCACACCAAAUGCACCAGUUGACCUUUUUUUAGGUCGUUCCAGUUCGACAAUCCUGGUCAUCUCUUCCUCUCCCUCUCCCUCUCGCUUUGGUAAACAUAGAAUGAGGACUGGAGAGAUCAGGGCUUCAGGAGACCAAGGCGUGUGAAUUGUUGACAAAAAUAAUAAAAGUACAAUUACAGUAAUAACGAGUGAACAGCCAUGUCUUCACUGCAUCAUCUGUUCGAAACCAGAGCUAUCAACCUUUGAGUGCAGGUUAACGGUUUUCUUUUGGGUGAUUCCCUGUUUAUCCUUGCAGGAUAUAAUGCACAUGGGCCCAUGGAUCCGGCUGCUUUUGCGAGGGAAAGAAAUAUGCCUUCUGAUUCAGAUAGGAUCUUAAAUGAAGACAAGUGUUUCAUGUCUUGUAGUAUGCCACGGGAGCAUCAGAAGUUCUUUGAUGUUCCUGCGGCUAGUGUUAGAGAACUUCAUUUGCAAAGUGAUGCACCUUCAACGAGUGAAGCCAAUUGUUCACGUGGAAGAAUGAUAUCUGGAGAUCUUUUUGCUCCAAGAACAAGGAGUCUCUCUCCUAUCCCAAAAGGCCAUGCAUUCGCUGUGAGCAAUGGAAAUUCUAGAGAAUUUGGUUUCAGCCCGAGGUCACCAGUAAGAAAGAUGGAUGGUUUGAGGAGCCCACCACAUCCCUUGCCUCUUCCUCCAGCUUCUGGUGCAUGCUCGCCUCUUCAUCCAGCUUCUGGUGCAUGCUCGCCUCUUCAUCCAGCUUCUGGUGCUUGCUCACCUCUUCUUCCAACCCACAGUUUUUGCUCGCCUCUUCCUUCGUCUCCCAGUUCCUGCCCACCUCUUCCUGCAUCUCCCACUAACUGCUCACAGUCCCAGUCACAAUGGAAGAAAGGGAAAUUGCUAGGGAGUGGUACAUUUGGUCAGGUUUACCUUGGAUUUAACAGUGAAAAUGGGCAGUUUUGUGCGAUUAAGGAGGUUCAAGUUAUUAUGGAUGAUCCACAUUCGAAGGAACGACUCAAACAAUUAAACCAGGAAAUAGAUAUGCUUAGACAACUCUCCCACCCAAACAUAGUGCAGUACCAUGGAAGUGAGCUGAGUGAUGAAUCACUUUCCAUUUGUCUUGAGUAUGUUUCGGGGGGUUCAAUCCACAAAUUAUUAAGAGAAUAUGGCUCUUUUAAGGAACCUGUGAUUCGUAAUUACACUGGGCAAAUUCUUGCUGGCCUUGCCUACUUACAUGGGCGGAACACUGUCCACAGAGAUAUCAAAGGAGCAAACAUACUCGUGGGUCCUAAUGGUGAAGUCAAGCUGGCUGACUUUGGCAUGGCUAAGCAUAUAUCAUCUUUUGCUGAAAUACGUUCUUUCAAAGGAAGUCCUUACUGGAUGGCUCCUGAGGUUAUAAUGAACUGUAAAGGCUACAGUUUAUCAGUGGACAUAUGGAGUCUGGGCUGUACCAUUAUUGAAAUGGCGACGGCAAGACCUCCUUGGCACCAAUACGAGGGGGUAGCAGCAAUAUUUAAGAUCGCAAACAGUAAAGAUAUACCUGAAAUCCCAGACAGUUUCUCAGAGGAAGGGAAAAGUUUCUUGCAGCUUUGCUUGAAACGUAACCCUGCAUCUCGUGCUUCUGCAGUCCAGCUGAUGGAUCAUCCUUUUGUUCAGGAUCACCCUGCAGUGAGAGCUGCAAAAUCCAGUGUAUUGAGAAACACACCAUCUUCUCCAGCAGAUGGCAGACACACAAUGUCCAACAGGGAGUUGCCAUCUCGGAAAAUUAUAACUCCUCUGAAGGAUAUUGGACUGGGCAUGAGAGAUUUUACUGGAUUUUCCACUACUGUUCCUUCACCACACAGCAGUCCUAUUCCUGGAAGAGCAAACAUGUCUACGCCAGUUUCACCAUGCUCAAGCCCGCUGCGGCAGUUUAAGCAAUCCAAUGUGAGGGGCAUGCGUUCUCCACCUCAUCCAAUGCUCUCCCCUGGUCUUGGCAACACAGUAAGUUACACCCAAAAUCAGACAAGACGCAAUCCAGCUCCUGCCAUUUCAGAUCCUUGGAUGGAUGUUGGCCAGAUGAAACUCCAAAGCCCCAAUAUUUCCCCCAGAAGGUUCUGAGAACGAUUUAAAUAUAAAAAAAGAGAAUCAUGGGCGCAAUAUAUCCAUGACAAGUUAGUUAUUAAGAGAUGUUCAGUAAGGAACUUGUUUGUGUAGUUACUACAAUACGACACUCACCAGAGAUUCAGUACAGCGAAAUGGGGCUCUUGAGAAUUUGUAACAGGAAGUUCUGUAUAUCCUUAGGUUUUAAGGUUUGUUGUCGCCCUUGCUAUAUGUAGUUAUACGUGUACACGUCCUGAUGUAAAGGUUCACAAAAAAUCUUACAGAUGACCACGGGAUGUAAAUUCGAAAGUUUGUGCAAACUGGUAUUUCUGUGUAGUAGUUAGGACUUCCAUGGCAGAAGUAACUAUGCACUUCCGAUUGAAUCGAGUACAAUGUCCAGUUUCAUUUCCA